GGUGGCGAUGGUCAGGUCAUAGCCAUAGGGGAUUGGAAGAAUACAGGGUAGGAGCAGAGGGCACCUUGGGUCUCAGUCGGAGAGACGUCCGUUCACAAAUAACGAGGAUCUGUCGCAAAACGACGACUGAUGGGGGGCCGGUUAGUUAGUUUGCUCUUCUUCGUUCUUCUCGUAUAUUUGGCACGAUUGCUGCAACGUAAUCGCGAGGCGCUGAAGGCCGCGUCAUAAUUCAUCAGCGGAACCGAGUUCUUGCCGAGUGAUCUUGGACACAUCGAAGCUACCAAGAUGAUGAAGAUGAAGCAGCAGGGCCUUGUGGCCGAUCUAAUGCCCAACAUCAGGGUUAUGAAGAUGUUUGGGCAUUUCGUAUUCAACUAUUAUGACGAUAAUUCGUCCAAAUAUUUACAUAAAAUAUUUUGCUGCGUGAAUCUAUUCCUCCUGCUGUUGCAAUUUGGUCUGUGUGCUGUAAAUCUAAUAAUCGAGAGCGCCGACGUCGACGAUCUCACAGCCGACACGAUCACCCUUCUCUUCUUCACGCACAGCAUCGUCAAAAUCAUCUACUUCGCUGUCAGGAGCAAAUAUUUCUACAGAACGUGGGCGAUAUGGAACAAUCCGAAUUCCCAUCCGCUCUUCGCCGAGAGCAACGCCAGAUACCACGCGAUCGCUUUAAAGAAGAUGAGGCUGCUGCUCUUCUUAGUCGGCGGCACCACCGUGCUCGCCGCGGUAGCUUGGACCAUUCUCACCUUCUUUGAGCAUCCGAUCAGGAAACUGGUAGAUCCCGUCACGAACGAGACGACAAUAAUCGAGCUACCACAAUUGUUGGUCCGUUCGUUCUAUCCGUUCGAUGCCAGGAGAGGGGUGACGCACAUUUUGAUACUCAUAUACCAGUUCUAUUGGGUGUUCUUCAUGCUUGUUAACGCCAAUUCGUUGGACGUUCUCUUCUGCUCAUGGUUGCUAUUUGCCUGCGAACAACUGCAACACCUGAAACAGAUCAUGAAACCUCUCAUGGAGCUGAGCGCGACUUUGGAUACUGUGGUGCCUAAUAGCAGCGAACUCUUCAAGGCCGGUAGUGCGGAUCAUCUUCGCGAAGAAUCUGAGAACAAUCAACCUCCACCACCAGUCCCGCCUCAAGGCGACAGCAUGCUGGAUCUCGAUCUUCGCAACAUUUACAGCAAUCGACAGGACUUCACGGCGACCUUCCGGCCGACUGCUGGAAUGACCUUCAACGGCGGCGUAGGGCCAAACGGAUUAACGAAGAAGCAAGAGAUGCUCGUGAGAAGCGCCAUCAAGUAUUGGGUGGAGAGACACAAGCAUAUUGUAAGAUUGGUCACCGCAGUCGGGGACGCUUAUGGUUUCGCUCUUCUGCUUCACAUGUUGACGACGACUAUUACUUUGACAUUGCUCGCCUAUCAAGCGACCAAGGUGAAUGGUAUAAACGUUUACGCGGCCUCCACCAUCGGUUACAUUCUCUACACAUUCGGCCAGGUCUUCUUGUUCUGCAUAUUUGGAAAUCGAUUGAUCGAAGAGAGUACUUCGGUGAUGGAGGCAGCUUAUUCUUGCCACUGGUACGACGGCUCGGAGGAGGCUAAGACUUUCGUGCAGAUCGUGUGUCAACAGUGUCAGAAAGCUAUGUCAAUAUCAGGAGCGAAAUUCUUCACGGUGUCUCUAGAUCUCUUUGCUUCGGUAUUGGGUGCCGUUGUAACUUACUUCAUGGUGUUGGUGCAACUGAAAUGAGCAUUUGGCUUUGUGCGUUUCAAAUGCGAACGCGGCAUUUCGUAUUGCACGCGGCUGUGCAAAUUUAUAUUUUUUAAGACAUUUACAAGGGGAACCAAAUGUGGAGUAUUCAUGUUCGAAAAGAUCUCCAUGGGAAGAGAGUCCUGCAUUUUUACGGGCGAGUAUAGUGAAAAUAUUAAGUGAAAAAUUCGAAGAGAAAAAUUUGCAGAAAAACAAUUAUUUAAAAUCAUAUAGAAGCAAUAAAUAUCUUUUUUAUCAUUACAUACAAGUCAAAGAGAAGAAUGAGCAGUUUUUUCGUUCAAAUGUAAAUUUUUCACAUAGAUCUCUAUAUAUGAUUUUCUUCUUUGCGUUAAAAAGAUUAACAUAAGCAUUUGUCGCGAUUUAUUUUCGUCAAUUGUGCAAUUCUAAUUUGACGUUUAUGGGGAAGAUAUACGCUAUUAUAAUAUAUCGUUCGAAGUACCGUGGCGAUAAUGCGAUCGUCAUAUAUUAUUAUAAUAAAUAAACGCGAAAGAUGUUAUCGUUUUUGUUUAGCGUUGUUCAGCAUUCUAACGUUAUUAUGUUCUCAACCAUUUGUAUUUCGAAAAUCGCGUCAUUUCUGAAAACGGCGGGAUAAAGCGGCGCAUGUACAUUAACGAGAUAGUCUGAAUAACGUGUAAAUAGAAUGGUUAUAUUUUCUAGGAAUAGGGCAGUAAUCCGCUGAAUUGUAAUGUUAAAUUUUAGGUAAAGGCACUCGCUUUAUCGUACGUACGCAAGAAGAAAUAGCAUUUGUCUUGAUGCAAUUUAGACGCACGUUAAUUUAUUUACUAGUUAUAUUUCUUGCAUUCGAUAUGAAAAAUUAGAUUACAUAAAAAUAUAUAUAUAUAUAUAUUGUUAUUUAUAUAGA